AUGGUUGCGCACUCGGACUGCUUCUGUCUGGAGGCUGCGGGGGGCGGGCGUGUGCUGCUUGUCCCGUCAGACGGGGUGGAGUGGGGGGUCCCUGACUGGAGGGGGGGAGAUCCCCGCAGGCGCAUGCGGAGCGGCAGCUACGGUCAAGGCCAUGGCGACGAUGAUAGUCAGGACUCUGACGCCAGUCCUAAGGCCUCUCCUAAAACCACCAUCAUCGCCAGAGAGAGGCGCUUCAGACCGCUCUGUCAGCAUGGACCACAGUACUCAUGUAAGCAGUGUGUAGAUUCUACUCUACCCUACGCUAACAGAACCAAGCCCAAAAGUCACGCACGCUCUCGGAGCUACACACGCUCGUUGACCAGCUCACAGGUAGGACACACUCUUUCAGAGCGAUACCAUGUUGGAGAGAUAGAGAUUCAGGCCGUGGAAGCCUUGGAUCUACCUGGCUGCUUCCGGACCCGGUCCCAUAGUUACGUCCGCGCCAUCCAGGCCGGCUGUUCCCAAGACGACGACUGCCUGUUCUCCAUAUCGGACCCAGGCCGUUCUUCUCCAUAUCGGGACCCCAGGGUAGCAUCAAGGGAGGGGCCGCGUUCGAAUGAGAGAGAUACAUUGAUAGUGGAGAUUUUGGAAAUUGCGGUGUCUGGUCAGACGUCCAGGGAAAGGGGUUACUACACAGGACCAGGACAAGGUCGCWCCCGCCAGCACUCCAACUCAGCCGAGAGUCUGGACGGGGUCCUCCGGGGUGGCCGGGAGCUGAUGCCCUAUGGAGGAGGAGGACAGGGACCCAUCAGAGUCAAACAUAGCGGCUCCGCGGAUAGUCUCCUGGAGGGACCCAGGGGAAGGGAGAGGGGAGAGAGGGAUGUGAGGCGGGCAGGGGGGAGUCUGUGGAAGUCUGCCUCCCUCCCACAGAACAGUAUGGUGCUGAGUAAGAUGGGAGGAGGAGGAGGAGGAGGAGGAGGAAGAGGAGGACAGGAGGAGAACAAGACGGAAGGAAGAGGACGGAAUUGGAGGCCUUCUAUCGCUGUACAGGUGGACAGCUCGGGGACCCUGUCAGACUCGGACGCGGAGAGCAAGGCUCUGAGAGAGGUGCACUCUAUAGGAGUGCAGGUGGAGGAUGACAAGAGGCGUGCUCGGUUCAAGCUCAACAGCGUGACGGCCGGCGUCCAGGCAGACCUGGAUCAGAGGGGCCUCCAGUUCCCAGGCCUCACCUUCGCUGUUCCUACCCAGGAUAAGAGCCCCCAGUUCGGCUUGCUCUUCCAGAGACACUCCUCAGAGCGGUCAGCCGACCAGUAUGCAGAGUACCACCGCACGGUGCACACCCAGGGCCAGUGGGCCUACAGAGAGGACUACAUCCAGGAUGGUUACYCUACAGACCCCCACCAGAUCCCCCCCCUGCCRCCGCGGGCKCACUCCCCGCUACCCCUCGCUGCGGACCGUGGAGGCUGGACAGGUACACCCCAGCCCUCACUGGAGGGGGGCCCCCGGAGUCUGCCUGACUCUGGUCGUGCUUCGCCCUGUCUGAGAGACGGAGAGUUUUUCCUACGCCUCCUUCAGACGGUGGAGAGGAUGGAGGGAUGGUGUCAGAAAGAGAGAGAGGCGGAGGAGAACGAGCUGCCGGAGGAGGUUCUGGAGCUGAUCCGUAACGCGGUGGGCAGUGCCCAGAUGCUCAUGUCUCAGAAGGUGCAGCAGUUCUUCCGRCUGUGCCAGCAAAGCGUGGACCCCUCAGCGUACCCCCAGCCCACCUCUCAGGACCUGUCCGGGCUCUGGGACCUGCUCCAACUCAACAUGGAACACGUCAGGGUCAAGUUCCAGCACCUCCAGAGGCUCAAGGACUCCGGCUGGAGGCUUCCCCCAGACAAGAAGGACGACAAGAAGCUUCCUCCCCCACUACCAAAGAAGCCAGCAGGGGGAGUGAGCGGCAGCCUCCGUGCCGACAGCGUCAGCGACCUCUCUGUGCAACGAGGGGUAGGAGGAGGCGGAGGGGUGCUGGUGAUGGCCCGUAGCGGGGGUGUGGGACGGGCCGUGCCUGUCCGGGAGAAGUCCUUAGACCUGGGCGACAGACAGAGGACUGAGGCACGCAGAAGACUGCUCCAGACCAAGAGGUCCGCUUCCUUCAGACAGAACUCAGCCACGGAGAGCGCAGACAGCAUCGAGAUUUACAUCCCAGAGGCUCAGACCCGGCUCUGAACAUGGGAGAUACAGCCCUUUAUCCCAGUGAACAGAACCGACUCAGACCCGACGCCUGGGACAGCCUAAAUAUAGAGAUAUAGCUAGCUAUCCCACCCUAGAACAACCACAACCAUUGAGAUUUACAUCCCAGAGGCUCAGACCCGGCUCUGAACACUGGAACCGUCUAAACGUGGAGAUACAACCUCUUUUCUGAGGAUCCUAAAAUCAACCAAAACUCUCCCAAGUUCCAUACAAUGAACCCCCUCAAUGACGAUAUCGGCCAUACUGACUUUCUCAAGCCUUCACUGCUGGGGAUGCUGGGUUCCAUCAUCAUGUCAUUUCCAAGGACAAGGCAAGACAGAAGGGGUGAGSAAGCAGUGGCCAUUUGUGCCCUGGAACGUUUGAAUCCCCAAUAAACAAACAGAACAAUCUGGAGAGAGAAUGGUGGCUACAGGAUCACAGGUGGCUCCACUACACACUUUGUUUUUCCCCUCAUCUUAGUCGGAGAGAGAGAGAUUUAUUUAGAAAGAAGUAUCGCUGUUGUUACAGUACAGUGACAGUCACUGAAAGGUGUAGUCGUGCAAUAGUAGCAUGU